AUGAGCGACCCGAAUAAAUACGCGGAGACUAUUACUAGACGGGACGCUUUAAGUAGCAUAUUUGAAAGCUAUAAAAAAUUAGCAAGCGUGAAAUAUAGCGAAUAUUUAGAGCGAGAAGAAGAUAACAAAGCGGUCCAAAAACUUCGAGAAAGCGAAGUAUUGAGAUACACCGAAUUCAUUCGAAUUUAUUCGGAAUGGUUGCGUAAUUUAAGUCUAUUAUCUAAAGAGCAUAACCGACAUGCUGAAACGCAUCAUGAAACAAACAAUGUUACGGAACAAUUAAGACGUUUUGAUAGAACAAUGGCUGAUGCUGCAUUAGAGCCAUUUGUUGAAAUUCCUUUGAAUAGAGAUGCGGCAUUCCAAAUUCCUAAGAAACAAAGCGACUUAGUUUAUAAUUCAGAACAGAGCGUAGGAAGCAGGAAACAGAACGAUUCGGUUUGUAAUGCGGGCCGAAGCGAGGGAAGCAAAUUAAAAACUAAUCGGAAUUCAGAAACAAACUUAAAAUGUCAGUAA